AUGUUUCAACAGAAAAAACCGUACUCGGCGGUGACGGUCACCAUCGAGAACCUCACGGGUGAGACCUACGAGGAGGAGGAUCUCAGCGGCAUCCCCGAGCUCGUCGAGGUGAUCAAGCUCCAGGCAUCGGGCCCCAGCGAGGCUGCCCGGGCCAUCAGGAAGAAGCUCAAGUACGGCAAUGUGCAUCGCCAGAUCCGCGCCCUCGUCAUCCUGGACGGCCUCAUCCAGAACGCCGGCCCAAGGUUCCAGCGAGCCUUCGCCGACGAGGCGCUGCUGGAACGGCUGCGCGUCUGCGGCACCUCGGAUCUCUCUGACCCCGAGGUGAAGAAGAAGUGCCGGGAGCUGUUCCGCGGCUGGUCCCAGUACUCCAACACCCAAGGGCUGCAGAAGAUUGCUCAGCUGCACAGGGCAAGUGUUCCCCCUCUUCCCAACCUUCGGUAUGAAACACACGAGGACAAAGCGCUAAACGAACUUCCAAAGCGCAAGGUUGCUGUGACCCAGGAAAGGUCCAAGGUCCUGCGGGAGACUGAGGAGAACCCAUUCGGAGACGAGGAGGAGGAAGCGGCUCGCCGAGCCGCUGAACAGGCUGCUGCGGGAGUCCCUGCUGGUGCUGCUUCCUCGAGCAAGGCACCGGAACCAACGCCCCAUGCGCCCGGCCACAAGAAGACCUCCUCCUCCGGCUCGUUCUUCGGGGGCUCCAAGGACAAGAAGAAGGAGAAAGACAAGGCCAAGGGAGGGAAGCGGAAGCCGUUCAACCUCGAGGCGGAGAAGGAGACAAUGAAGGUGGUCAUUGCGGACGCAACGAUCCACUCCACGACCCUGCUCAACACCAUGCAGAGCAUCAACAGAGAGACGCAGAGAAUAUCCGAUAACCCCAAGGCAGCCGAGGAGUUCGAGGCCUGCAAGCAACUCCGCAGGAGGGUGCUCCGCUAUAUUCACAGGGUUGAGCAAGAAGAAUGGCUCGGAAGUCUUCUCAACGCCAACGAUGCUCUCGUUCACUCCCUCAUGUCAUUCGAGCAGAUGGAUCGGUCAAUCGACGCAGAUAGCGACUCCGACGAUGAGCUGGCAGAGCAGGCUCAUAUGUACAGAAUGAUGACUGAGAAGGCCAGCCAGUUUGGCAAGGCUCCAGCCUCGCCUACGAGCUCCCAACCCCCAGAUCUGGGUGGCUUGAGCUUGAACGCCCCCGGAGCCCCCCCAAGGCCGUCGGCGACUACGAAACCUCACAGCUCCCCCCCGAGGCAACCUCCGCGCCCGGCCCCGGUGCAGGAAGACUUCGCCGAGGAUGAUGACGACGAUGAGGACAACCCCUUCGGAGACAGGAAUGUUAUCGAAACACCCUCACUCGAGCAGGGCGCUCCUCGCUGGUAA